AUGAAAAACGUGGCUGACAGUGCCGUGGCUGACAGUGCCGUGGCUGACGGUGCUGACGGCGCUGCUCUGUGUCUGCAGGGUCUCGUGUCCAGCAGACAUCGCCUCACCAUGUGUCAGCUGGCCGUGCAGAGCUCUGACUGGAUCAGGGUGGACCCCUGGGAGUGUUACCAGGACACCUGGCAGACCACCUGCAGCGUGCUGGAGCAUCACCGCGACCUGAUGAAGGUGGGCGUUUCUGACUCUGUCUGAUGUGUGGUGUUGGGCUCUAAACGUCCUCUCUGCCUCUCAGUCAAGCUGUGGGGGAAGAUCAGCGAGAGUUUGGGCAAAAUCUGCUGCGUGCGCCCGCACAUCGAACGCUUCACCUUCGUUGAUGAAAACGCCAACCUGGGGACUGCGAUGAGAUACGAGGAGAUUGAGUUGCGCAUCUUGCUCCUGUGUGGCAGUGAUCUCCUGGAGUCCUUCUGCAUCCCUGGCCUGUGGAAGGACAGUGAUAUGGAGGUGAUUGUGGGAGAUUUUGGGAUCGUGGUGGUUCCUCGUGAUGGCACCGACACAGAGAGGAUCAUUAAUCACUCCUCCGUUCUGCGCAAGUUCAAGGACAACAUCAUCGUGGUGAAGGACGCGAUAAGCCACCCGAUGGCCAUCGUCAGCUCCACCAAGAGCAGACUGGCGCUGCAGCACGGCGACGGCCAUGUUGUGGACUACCUGAGUCAGCCCGUCAUCGACUACAUCCUGCAGAGUCAGCUGUACAUCAACGCCUCGGGAUAGAGACGACAACAACCUGCCCGCAUGAAAACAGGGAGACUGGAGGAGGAGGAGGAGGGGGAGGGGGGGUCCUACCUACAACCAUCAUCUAUUUAAAACACGACCCCUCCUCCUCCUCGAUCUGAAACUUGUCUGUCUUCUGUGUCAAACAUAUACUCUUCUUUGAGCUGUUGCUUUCCAGCAGGAGCGUUAUUGUUCCUCCUUCUGUCUGUGUCAUGUGACUUUACAUCAGGGGAGGGGGAGGGGGGUAUUUUGGGAGGUCUUGGGGACGAUGCACAGAGGUAACUCCUCAGGGCUGUGGCGGCGACGGCGGUGUUUUCUCUUUCUCGUUCUUUAUUAAGGUCUGCGAAUGCAUGACACAGUCGGGCAUGCUCAGUGUGCGCAGGAUCGUGCUGGGCGGGGCUUCAUGCAAGAACCAUUCAUGAGCUCACGAUGCCGGCCCGGCUUACACAUCCACAGAUACUUAGUCCCAAUCUGAAAAAAGAGACAGCUGCAGCAGAGCAGGAUGAUUCCCACGAAUUGGUUUGAGCCGUUAAAGAUUUCGGCACAAUUAACCCCGUCACCAAACACCCGAUGUUCCACCUUCAACCACACUUCAACCAUACUUCAACCACACUUCAACCACACUUCAACCAAGAAGCUCCGGCUGACUGAAGAUGACAGAGCCUCCCAGUAAGAUCAGAGCCUCCCUGAAUCUACACUCCUUAUUUCCUUAGACCACAUGGACCAGUCUGAACCUCUAGGCUGGGUCAGUGCAGGGGUCACUCAUGUUGCAGUACCGUGUAACGGCCACUAGUUGCUGACUCCAGUUCAAAACCUUCUUGUUGGAUGACCUAAAUGUGUAAUACUGGCGUGCAGGAAGUCUCGCCACCACCUCCGGCUCUAAACUGCUUUUCUGCACACACACCAGAGCACCAGGCUCAGUCUGUGCACGGUGCAGCUACAGUAGCUAACACUGACCCAUGUUUCCAGUAAGCUGUGAAACACCAACCCCAAAUCCUUCCCAGGCUUUUCCCAGGCGUCACACUCGCGCGGUGUCCGAGGAAGGAGACGGCCUCCGGGGUCGGAGCAGCGCAGGGCGAAAGGGUCUAGAAGCUUCAGUCGUUCAAAACUAAAGUUAGAAAGAGCUCACACCAAGUGUCCGAGCGUGACGACUCAGCAGCACCAGCAGGUGGCGUUAUGCUUCAUUGUGUCCAUCUUUAUUUACAGUCUGUGGCGUUCUUGCAUGAGGCCCGUCGUUUCCUGCAGCUCUUCUGCAAAAAUGUAACACCGCGACGCUGCUGUCACAUAAUCCGGCUCUCAAAUCUUCCACAUGUAGAUGCGCCAGGAACCAGAGCUCGGCACAUACUGCAGGUAACCAUCAGGCUGUAGCGGCUCUGCAGUGUGAUGAAGAUGACGACGGCGUCCGUAAAGAGGAUGUCCUCGGCGGCAGCAGUGUUUAGCAUCGUUCCUCCUCGUUUGCUCCCGUUCUUAGACUGCAUGCUUAGACAGUUUGGUUCUGGCAUGAGUGUUUAUCACUUGGUAGAUUAUAAUCUGUUGUGAACGUGUUUGCAAAAAAAGAAAAACAAAAGAAAGAAGUU